CAGGCGCCAUUUAGGUACUAAUAGCAGCUGAUGCAGCAGCCAGAGCCAGAGCGCCUGUGCCACAGAGAGGAGAGAGAGUAACUGGAGGGACAGAAGCAUUAAACACGGCCCAGACAUCCAGAGAGGAAGAGAGGGAGCUGGCAUCCCAGUGAAUAAAGCGCAAGAAACACCAGGAUCACCAAAGAACAGCCACCCAUUGGACAUAAAGCAGAAGAGGGAAGAAGGAAGGAUACAGAACUAAAAAACAGCCAGCUCCCAGCCUCGGCAGAAAGGCUCUUCUACCUCAGCUACUAUGACAGGCAAUAACUGAAGCAUCUUUAUCAGACUUAUUCUUCUCAGGUUUCUUUUCCUCGUUGAGCAGCGCAAAGCUUGAAAAACCAUGCCUGAACAAAGCAAUGAUUAUCGGGUGGUGGUGUUUGGAGCAGGAGGAGUUGGCAAGAGUUCCUUGGUCCUGAGAUUUGUUAAAGGCACCUUCAGAGACAGUUACAUCCCUACAAUUGAAGACACCUACAGGCAGGUGAUCAGCUGCGAUAAGAGCAUAUGCACUUUGCAGAUCACUGACACAACAGGGAGCCAUCAGUUUCCUGCCAUGCAGCGCUUGUCUAUUUCCAAAGGACAUGCUUUCAUUUUGGUCUACUCAGUCACCAGCCGGCAGUCCUUGGAGGAACUCAAGCCUAUCUACGAACAGAUCUGCCAAAUCAAAGGGGAUAUAGACAGCAUUCCGAUCAUGCUGGUGGGGAACAAGAAUGAUGAGGAUCACAACCGGGAGGUACAGACCAACGAUGGAGAAGCGCUGGCCAAAAAGUGGAAGUGUGCCUUCAUGGAGACCUCUGCCAAGAUGAACCACAAUGUGAAGGAGUUGUUCCAGGAGCUGCUGAACUUGGAAAAACGCAGGACUGUGAGCUUGCAGAUUGACGGCAAGAAAAGCAAGCAGCAGAAAAGGAAAGAGAAGCUGAAAGGCAAAUGUGUCAUUAUGUGAAAAUAGCGCUAUCCCGGAGCUGCCAUCUAGACUCCGUCUUCUGACUGUACCAUGUUUCAGACCUGUACACAAUGGGGGG